UUUUUUUUUACGCUUAGCUUAACAUACGGGAUCCUUGGGGAGACCUGUUUUGGGUGAGUUUGUUUUCUGAUGAGUGCAGUCCUCUUUGGGAGGACACCUAGCCUCGUCAGAAGCACGGAAUGUCCAGUGGAAGGCGGAGUCUGGCUCAGCAAUGCCUGUGCCCACCUGUGCAUGAAGUGUGCACCCCGAAGGCAGCCUGGAGCCGCGUCUCAUGCUCUUCUGUCUUGGUGAAGUUGCUUCAUCGCAAUCCCAGCAGUCUUGGAAAAGGGUAUUCUCCUGAGCACCUGUUUUGGGUGACUUUGUGUUCUGCUGACUUCUGGCAUCCUCAGGUGGACACCUAGACACAUCAGAUGCACAGAAUGAAGUCCGUGACCUUCGAGGAUGUGGCUGUGAAAUUCACCUCAGGAGAGUGGGCUUUGUUGGAUUCCAGUCAAAAGACGCUCUACAGAGAUGUGAUGGAGGAGACACUUUUGAACCUUAUGUCCAUAGAAAAAGGACUAGAACAAAACACUGAAGAGAACUACAAAGAUCUCUGCAGAAGUCUGAGAACUCAGUUGGUUGAGAAAGAUUGUGGAUAUGAAUAUAAUAGUCAGUGUGAUGACAACCUUCAGCCAAUUCUAAAGAAUAUGGUUAAUGAAGACAUGCCUCCUGCAAUAACAGCAUAUGAAAGCCAAUCGCAUGUAAGAAGCAUCAUUGGUCAUUCAUUCUCACGUGUAUAUCUCAGAAACCAAGCUAGAGGGAAACAAUCUCACUGUAAGGAGUCUUAUAUACAUCAGAAACAUUGGAAAAAUACCGGUCAUUCUGAAUCACUUCAGGUACUUGGAACUUUUCCCAGAGAGAAGUCUUAUAGGAAUCAACAAUGUAAGGAAGCCUUUAAGAAUCUCCCUUCUAAUGAGCCUCACAAGAGAACACAAUGUGGAGAUAAACUCAAUGGGAAAAUAUUAAGGAGACAUACAUGUAGUGCAGAAGAUGAUGGAAUCCAUACAGAAGUGAAAUCGUUUCCUCAUAACCACAGUGAAGAAGCUUUCAUUGAUUCCAGUGACCUCAUCAUCCCUGAAAAAAGUCAUAUUGGAGAGAAAAAAUACAUUUGUAAACAGUGUGGGAAAACAUUUAAGUAUGCUUCGUGUUUUGAGAAACAUAAAGUAACUCACACUGGAGAGAAGCCUUAUGCAUGUAAGCAGUGUGGAAAAACCUUCACCAGUUCUAGCUGGUGCAACACUCAUGAGAGGGGUCACAAUGGAGAGAAGCCUUACAUGUGUAAACACUGUGGAAAAGCCUUCAGAAGUUCCAAUUAUUGUAGCAUUCAUGAAAGAAUUCACACUGGAGAGAAACCUUACUCAUGUAAGCACUGUGGCAAAACCUUUGCCAUCUUGAGGUCUCGUAACUGUCAUGAGAAAAUUCACACUGGAGAGAAGAUUUAUGCAUGUAAACAUUGUGGGAAAAGCUUCAUUAGUCCCACUUCUUGUAGCAUUCAUGAAAGAAUUCAUACUGGAGAGAAACCUUACGCAUGUAAGCAUUGUGGCAAAACCUUUGCCAGUUUGACUGGGUGUAUCACUCAUGAAAGAAGUCACACUGGGGAGAAGCCUUACACAUGUAAACACUGUGGAAAAGCUUUCAACAAUUGCAGUUAUCGUAACGUUCAUGAAAGAAUUCACACUGGAGAGAAACCUUAUGCAUGUAAGUACUGUGGCAAAACAUUUGUCAUUUUGGGUUCUCUUAUCACUCAUGAAAGAAGUCACACUGGAGAGAAGCCUUACGCAUGUAAGCACUGUGGAAAAGCCUUCUCCCAAGCCAGUUAUCGUAACAUUCAUGAAAGAAUUCACACUGGAGAGCAGCCUUACGCAUGUAGGCACUGUGGCAAGACCUUUGCCAUUUUGAGUUCUCGUAACACUCAUGAAAAACUUCAUACUGGAGAGAAGCCUUAUGUGUGUAAGCAUUGUGGCAAAGCCUUUAUCAGUUCUAUUUGGUGUAGUGCUCAUGAAAGGGGUCACACUGGAGAGAAACCUUAUGCAUGUAAGCACUGUGGCAAAACGUUUGCCGUUUUGAGUUCUCGUAACAGUCAUGAAAAAAUUCACACUGGAGAGAAGCCUUACACGUGUAAGCAUUGUGGAAAAGCCUUCACCAGUUCUGGUUAUCGUAACAAGCAUGAAAGGGCUCACGCUGGAGAGAAACCUUAAACAUGUAAACACUGUAGAGAACAUUUGCCAAUUUCAGUUGGUGCAACUCUCAUGAAAGAAUUCACACUGGAGAGAAGCUUUAUGCAUGUAAAGCCUGUGGAAAAUCCUUCAUCAGUCCGUCUUACCAUAUUACUCAUGAAAGAAUUCACACCGGAGAGAAAGUGUUUCCAUGUAAUGCAUGAGGAAACUGUUCCUUCAACUUUAUGAUCAUUCCAGCCAUGAAAGAAUUCACUCAAGAAUGAAGACUUAUGCAUCAGAGAAAAGCUGUGUUUCAGAGAUGGCCAUGGCUGUACCUUGUGUUGGCAGCAGGACCUGGUAAUGUGUAAGCUUCACCAAGGUGGUAUUGGUUUUGCAGCCGUGGAGGGAUAGUAGAGACUAGUUGUGACUUGGCACCGUGACAAGAAGAGCCCAUUGGUGAAGGUGCAGCUUCAGGAGCAUUUGAAGGCUCAGGACUGAAGGGGCCAUGCAUAGAAAUUGAGGCUCGGCAUCAUGAAGAGAGCCAGUGAGGUUGUCACUGAAAGUGCAGCCCAGUCGCAGCAAGGGACCCCAGCAUCUUGGAGAUGCCAGCACCAUGAGAAGAUCACGAACAACAGUAGCUGCAGCGGGGUGGAGUCAGCCAGAGUGCGGAAGAUGGACUGUGUGUACUGCAGAGGGCAGAACCGGAUGAGGAACCCAAACCCUUUGGAGGCGACCAGA